GUUUUUCCCUGAUAAACCAAAAAUAGGGGUCAAGACAAUCAAGCAUUACAUCAAACGCUUGGUUCAGGAGGAUACAGACAGUGCUUCAUAAGUGAGAUGAGAUCAAAGUACUACUUGGAGGUUUUCCAGGAGGCAGAAUUGUUGGUUCAAGAAAAUGUUCUAGUUCCUGAGCAUAAGGAUCUUAAAAAUGAGGAAACGAAGACAUUGCUGGAGAGGUCAGCUGUGGAAGAAACACUGUUAGUCCUGAACAAUGCUAAGAUAUUUGAAUACUACUCAUGUUGGCCUCAAGUUAGAUGUAUAUAUGCGCACACUAACAAUGUCCUACUCGCCUAUUUACUUCAUUUAUCAAAUUGUUUCAUGGGUGAACAUAUUAUCUUUGCUAGAAAAGUUUCAACAGCUUGACUAGAGCACUCAAAAUGUCUCAAACAUUCAACCACUAUGAGUAGGCCUAUUGCUUCUUAUCAAACUCAAGCAAGUGACUCUGAUGAUGUAAU